AUGAAGAAAUAUUUCUCCUGCUGCUGCCCAUCCCUGAUCCCCAGCAGGGAAACUGCUCGCUUCUACCUGCUCUUUGUGCUCAUUGCUCUUUACAUGCUGGCUGGUGCUGCCAUAUUUUCUUCCUUGGAGAGACCAGCGGAGCUACAGGCUCACCUGCUCUGGGAAAGGAGGCUACAGGACUUCCGUCAUGAGCACAACAUUAGUUAUGAAGACCUGAAAUCUCUGUUGCACCAUUAUGAGGAGGCUAGGACUGCAGGCAUCCGGACAGAACAAGGCAGAGCCCUAUGGGACAUCCCUGGUGCAUUCUACUUUGUGGGAACUGUGGUCUCCACCAUUGGAUUUGGAGUGACUGCCCCAUCCACUCUGACAGGGAAGGUCCUGCUUGUUUUCUAUGGGUUGCUCGGGUGCUCGUCUACAAUAUUGUUUUUCAAUCUCUUCCUGGAGAGAGUCAUAACCUUACUGAGCUUCCUAAUAUUCUGGUGCCACAGAAGGAGAGGUGGACACAGCGGACUGGAGGACAGUGACGGUAACCGAAAUGAAGAAUGGAAACCGUCUGUGUACCAGGUCACGCUCAUCCUUUUUGUUGCUGUGCUGCUGGUUGCAUGUGGGGCAGCCUCUCUCUAUUCAGCCAUGGAGGGCUGGAGUUACUUGGAGUCGCUCUACUUCUGCUUUGUGGCGUUCAGCACAGUGGGCUUUGGAGACUUUGUCAGUGGCCAGAGAGAGCACCAUGAGGACACCCGGGUGUACCAGGUUGGGAACUGUCUUCUGAUGCUCUUGGGAGUGUGCUGCACUUACUCCCUCUUUAACGCCAUCUCUGUGAUCAUCAAACAGGGACUGAACUGGAUGCUGAGGACACUGGCCUGGAUGUAUAGUGGCAUCUGUAACUACAGGCUGCAACUCAGACCACUGUUCAAACUCUGUUUUUCUGACUCCGAGCCACCCAAAUGUUAUUGUGAAGAUAACAAUCCGCAUAGACAGCAGGUGCAAGCAGUUUCCUGUUAAGGCCACAGCACGGUAUGGCGCUCCUGUUUUCCCAGUGCUAUUGGUAAAUGCCUUUGUGAUGAAUCUAAAGUGGAAACAGUGUGCAACAGGAGCAUAGACAGAUAAAUAUCUGCAAAACAGACCAAGACAGUUUAUAUGAAAAGGCUGUAAUCUACUUGGCCAAAGUAAACUAUUUCUCAAUAUAUUGUCAACAAAGAGUAAUCUGUAGUUUUAUAGUAAUAAAAAGGUUAGAAUUAAUUAAUAAUGUUGUUUAUUUCAGAUAGCUCAGGUGCUAGAUGUGAUAUAGUUUGCUUUGUGUUUGCUUCAGCAACAUUAACUGUGUAAGAUUUAAUUAUUUCAAGCACAUUUGGUGCUGAGUGGAUUAUUAAUGUCAACCUUAACCGUUAUCGUGAAGGAGGCAGGCAAUACACAGAUAUACACACAUAUUUUGUAUAUUUAAGGUUCAAUAAAACACAAUCAUCAACAA